AUAGAUGCUUGAAUGAAUCAGAUUUUCCAACUUUAAAUCAAUACUUUAAUACUUCCUUUCGUUUAUCGCUGUUUUUUGGCAUAAUGGGAUCAGUCAGUCAAUCGAAAGCUACAGGAUGAAAAAACGGAGUGGAAACGAUUCGCGAGCCGUGCCUAAAACUACGCCCAUCACAACUAUCGGAAUCGAGGUAUCGUCUGCAGUACACAUUACCACCACAGUUUCGCAGUCCGUGAGGAGGGAGAGGAUCGCGCGCGGCACUCUCGUGCAUGUUUCAGUCGAGUUUCGUAGUGCUCAUCAGCACUACGCGACGUCAAUCAACCUGUCGAAGUGUAGUUCAACUCUGAAGUAGCAACGCAAAACCACGUGCAACAUGGGUGUAUGCAAGAUAGUUAAAUGGUUCAAAACAGCCACGCGGUCCGACAGGGAUGUACAGUCCACGUCACCGAUGCCGCAAGACGGCCGCAAUGAAUAUUGCAGAAAUUUAUUACAACAGUUUGCGAAUCAUUGUCCAACAUCCAACAGAGAGAUCACCGAUCCGGAUUGGGUUGUCUAUUUAUCCAAGGAGCAGAACGCUGAGCAGUCCUCUCUAAAAGUCAAUCAAAAGCUGCAAAUACACGGACAAUUUAUCCCGGGUGUGCCACACAUACAUGCUGCUGAAAUAUUCGAGAUUGGGUGUAUUGCAGGCACGGAGAACAAAUGUCUCGAGUUGGUUUCUGCAGAAUGGAACAAUACGAAAGUGACGCUGAAGAGACAUGUUUUGUCACCAUGUCGGGAUGCUAUAAAAGCAGACGUGGAAAUCCUUAAUGAAAUUCGGCAUUCUAAUAUAUUACUGUUGAUGGCUACAACAUACACAAGCGAGCAUGGUCUCGUCUCAAUCUUCGAAUCCAUCGACUGUUCAUUGUACAAUUACAUGCACGAGCAAGGUGAACGAAUAAACGUACAAGGAAUCAUGCAAAUCGGUAUAAAAUUGGCGGACGUAUUAAAAUAUUGUCAUAUGCGGGGAUACAUACACACAGCGAUUAGCUCGCACUGCGUUUAUUUUGCAACCGAUACGACUGUCAAACUUGGUGGAUGGGAACUGGCUAGACAAAUGGAAAAAACUUAUGUAGAACGGGAUUACGAAAAAUAUUUACGACUAGAGAAUUUUAAGUGGCAAGCACCGACAAUGUGCUACGGACUACAACCCAAUAAAAAAAUUGAUGUUUACUGCUUGAUGCUAUUACUUUGGGAAAUGUGUACAGGAAAUGUACCGUGGAGCGGAUACGAUCAAUCAAAUGUAGAACGGCAGCACAUGCGAAAACGAGAUAUCGUUAUAAACUUACAGAAUGUCCCAUCGAUCCUCCGUAGCUUACUAGAGGCUGGAUUGCAUCCUGAUGAGACAAUGAUAAUGUUAGACAUGGACAGAAUAGGAAAAAAACUUCAUAGGCUGCUGAUGAUACAUGAAGAAGAAGAGAAGAAUGACACGUUUAUAAGUGAAAACAGAAAUAAUAAUGAUCUUUUGUAUAAUGAUACACUAUAUCAAAAAACUUCUUCUAUGUCUCUUACGCAAAAUAAGGUGUUGACCAAAAAUCCAUUCACUGGACAAUCAUGUCAGCCUAUGGGAAAGAAAAAAUCUACGUCCAAUCAACUUCUCAAAUCUAAGAAGGAGCAAUGCAAUGGGAACUUGGAUUCUAAAAAUAAUAUGAAAAAAAUGACUGUAAUCAAUGAUAGUAUCGUGAGUCCCAUGAUUAAAGUAGAGACUACCACUCCUUGUACUCGUUGUGCAGAAAUUUCAAAUAUAGUCCAAGAUCUCGAUGAAAGGAAUGAUGCACGUGCUAAUAUAAAACGAUUAAAAAAACUGAUAGCCAGUAGAAGGGAAGACUUUUUCUUUGGAAGCGACUCCACCUUUUCUUAUUCAACCUCAUAUCCGAAAGCUACAAGCUCAUUACUGUCACGAGGAAAAAGUCCUGACUAUGUACCAUGUAAACCAGCUAAUCAUACAACCGCUAUAGAACCUAAAUGCAAUAAGUCUCCUAGUGAAUAUGGUGGAGCUAUUUCAAAAUUAUCAUAUACACCACGGCGAAAGGCACCAUACACGGGUAUGCCUUCCAGUAUUAAACACGCAGUAAUGCAACCUCAAGUUUUGCAUUCUGAUGCUAAAAGCUUUUAUGAGUCAACAUUAUGGAGAAAAGAAAAAGAAAUUUGCUUAUCACGAAUGGGACGCAACAGUAAAGAACACAAUGAAGAUUCCUUACUAUCGCAACAAACAAUUUGUAACAACACUUCUGUCACUGAUGAUGAUAAAGUACAAUAUUCCACACCACAUGUAAAAAAUGCUGACGCUACAUAUAUAAUUGGAAUUGAGAAAGUCACUUCUAAUCAAUCUAUACAAAACUUGAAGGAUGCGCUCGAUCGUGCCACGGAAAUAAUAAGUUCAACAACACCUUCUAAGGUAGACCUAAGUAAUGUACAAGAAUGCAAAGCUAUAUUUGAAAACCUGUAUGGAAUGAGAUAUAAUGACAAUCAAGAGAUCAAAGUUAUCGAAAGAUCGACAUCUAGCAACGGAAGUUUUCUAGGAAUGGAUGAAGUUAAAAAUAUAAAAACUGUUAACGAAGCUGCCGCAGAACACGAACAAAUCUUCAAUCAAGCUUUCAUAGAUAGCCAAACGCUUAGUUCUAUGACUACAAAAACGUCAAUUGAAUCUGAAACAUCACAGAAUCAACAAUCCAUGAAAAAAACUGAUCAAAGUAAGAUAGCAUUUACAAGCAGGAAUAUCUCAACGCCGCAAAAAAUUAGAGUAGAUGAAAGAGAAUAUGUUAAUAUACGUCCUAUGAGUAGUGUUUUACUGAAAGAUUCACCAAGAAGGCGUUCUCUCCCCGCAAAACUGAAUAAUUUGGCAACAUAUGCCUCCCCAAGGACUGUUUUAAAUAAAAAAGACAUACAAGGCAGCCAAUAUACAACCGAAGAUAUAUACAUUGAUGAUGAAUUUGGAAGUAAAUUAAAUUACAACUUAAUUCUUUUAAAUGAUAACAUUAUUCUAAGCGACGAUGAUGAAAGUCUACCUCAAACCACAGAACUGUAAACUGUGAUGAACUCAAUGUUCAAUCGUUCUCUAUAUAUAAAAAAAAUCGUUCUUAAAUAAUUUAUUUUUAUUUAUUUUGACGACAAAAUCAAUGCUUUUAUUAUCGCCAUUCUGACGACAUAAUCAAUACAAAUAAUAUCUAAUUUAAUAAUUCGUUAAUUCUAAUUACUUAUUUAUAUUUA